AUGAGAACAUUCAUACUCUUCCUUGUCGUGUUAUACACAUCAGACGCUUUCUCAUUAAACGAAAAAUGGGAAAACUUUAAGAAAAUUCAUGAAAAACAUUUUCUUCAUUCAAAAGAAGAAUAUCUCCGAAAAUCAAUUUUCAAAAAAAAAUUACAAGAAAUCGAAGACCACAAUGAAAGGUAUAGGAGAGGAUUGGAAACAUACGAAAUGGGUAUUAAUAAAUUUAGUGAUUACACCGAAGAAGAGAUGUUCCUUUAUACCCACGGUCUUCAACUCCCCUCAGAGUUACCGGAACCCUUCAUCAAGAUUUCCCCAAACGCGACUGCUAUAUCAAGAGCAGCUCUUCCAAGCUCUUUCGACUGGAGAAGCAAAGGAGUGGUAACACCGGUCAAAAAUCAGCGAAAUUGUGGCUCUUGCUGGGCUUUCUCAACGAAUGGUGCCGUCGAAGCCCAUUACAAAAUUCAUCGAGGCUCUGUUGUCACUCUCAGCGAACAACAACUGGUUGAUUGCGUUCGUAAAGCCUUUGGAUGUAGAGGAGGUUGGAUGACUGAUGCAUACAUGUAUAUUGCCAGCAAUGGAGGAAUUAACUACGACCGGGACUACCGAUACACAGCUAAAGCUGGUUCUUGUCGUUUCCAAUCAUCCAAACCAAAAGUUACUAUUCGAGGUUAUGCUUAUCUGACGGGACCCAACGAGGAUAUGUUGAAGGACAUGGUAGUCACCCAAGGGCCUGUGUCUGUAGCAAUUGAUGCUAGUGGUAGAUUCGCGAGUUAUAGUGGAGGAGUGUACUAUAAUCCUUCUUGUGCGACUAAUAAAUUUACUCAUGCUGUGGUUAUCGUGGGUUAUGGGAGAGAAAAAGGACAGGAUUAUUGGUUGGUGAAAAAUUCUUGGGGGGCUGAUUGGGGACUAGGAGGAUACAUCAAAAUGGCCCGAAAUCGGAGUAACCACUGCGGGAUUGCUAGCAAAGCCAGUUAUCCUGUUUUUUAAAUCAUAUUUGUUGCAUAAUAAAGUAUAACUAAAUAAAAAUACAGGGCAAUUCAAAUUUGAGUGGCAGUUUUAAACACAAAAACCCCCCCACAAAAAUAAAUUUGCAAAUCGUAAAAAAGUUUUACGUAUUACGACAAAUG